UCCAAGGCCAGAGAUUUGAUGAAGAAAAAAAAAAAAAAAAAGAAAAGAAAAAAUGGCGUGCAAGUGCGGAGGCAGAGGAGGCUUCUACUACACUGUGAACGCAGAAGCGAGCUUCGAUCGCGACUCAACGAAAACGCCAGAGUUUCUUCUCCGAAACGUUUCGGCGAUCCGCAUAUUCAGAAAUGGCUUCUUUCGGAGUAAAUGGCGAUCGGUUGCUGGUAACCAUCGCAUUUUGAGCAUGGAUGCUCGAGAGAAAUCAAGAUCCACGAUAUUGAAAUCAUCAAAAGAUAAGAGGGUGCCUAUUUUUGUAAUGAUGCCUGUGGACACAUUCGCUGUUGAUGCUUCUGGGAGUCUAAGGAUUAGAAAAAUCAAGGCCUUAACUGUAUCUCUAAAAGCGCUCAAGUUGGCAGGUGUUCAUGGAAUUGGAGUUGAGGUGUGGUGGGGAAUCGUGGAGCGAUUUUCUCCUUUUGACUACAAUUGGUCUCUAUAUGAAGAGCUUUUUAAACUGAUAUCUGAUUCAGGCCUGAAGUUGCAUGUUGCUUUGUCUUUUCACUCAAAGAUUCACUCAUCUAAUGGAAAAGGGGGUGUGAGUCUUCCACUGUGGAUUUUGGAGAUUGGUGAUGCAAAUAAAGAUAUAUACUAUCGAGAUCGACAUGGCUUAUCCAACAAUGAUUAUCUUACACUAGGGGUGGACGGAGUUCCUCUUUUAUCUGGCCGGACUGCUCUCCAAUGUUACGAAGACUUCAUGCUUAGUUUUGUUAACAAAUUUGAAUCCUUUAUUGGAAGUGUAAUUGAAGAAAUAAGCAUUGGUCUAGGUCCUUCUGGAGAACUUAGGUAUCCUGCUCAUCCUUUUGGUGAUGGUAGAUGGAAAUUCCCUGGCAUUGGUGAAUUCCAGUGCUAUGAUAAGUACAUGAUGGAGGACUUGAAGUUGGCUGCAUGCCGAGAAGGAAAGCCUCAAUGGGGGGACAGAGGGCCGCAGAAUGCUGGCUGUUACAACAGCCUUCCAUCAGGGGUGCCCUUUUUUGAAGAGGGACAGGAAAGCUUUCUAUCUGAUUAUGGUCGUUUCUUCCUGAAAACCAGACUUUGGAAUGAUCUUUUGCAGGAAUGGUACAGUGGUAGGCUGAUUUGUCAUGCAGAUGCCAUUCUUGCAAAGGCAGCAAAGAUACUGAAGAAAUAUCAAGAAAAUGAGCAAACUUCUGUUACAUUGGUGGCUAAAAUUGGUGGAAUUUAUUGGUGGUACCAGACUGUAUCACACCCUGCUGAACUUACUGCUGGUUACUAUAACACUGCUCUCAGGGAUGGUUAUGAUCCUGUCAUAUCAGUGUUGUCUCGCCAUGGAGCUGCUUUGCACAUACCCUGCUUAGAGAUGAUGGACAGUGAAACCCCGCCAACAUAUCUUUGCAGUCCUGAAGGAUUACUGAAACAGAUACAGUCCGUCUCAAAGAAGAGGAUAAUUAACUUGAUUGGAAGAAAUACAACUGAACGACUAGACAAGACUGGACUAUGGAAAAUUCAUUCAAACUGUUACCAUUCCCAGGCAGAAGUUGUAAGGUCAUUUACUUAUUUCAGAAUGAAUGAUAGUAUUUUUAGGGUUGAAAAUUGGAAUAACUUUGUACCUUUUGUUAGAAUGAUGAGCACAGAUUUGUAAUACAUUUUUUCAACCGUCUAACCAUUUUACUAAGCUAA